AUGCGGGACGUAGAGAAACACGCUCUCGGUACAACCCUCAGUCGGGAUGCCGGUCGCGCACCCUCUCGUCCAUCCGGUACCGCGAUGAUCAGUGAGCAACGUGUUCAACGUGUCCCGGGAACCGUGCGAGGCCGACUACGGCUGUUGACUGGCGCCGUGCUGCUGUCCACGAUCGCGGGAAGUGCAUGGACCGACAAUCCCGUCGCAUCCGAGGGACCGAGCUUCAGCGCACCAAUAACAAACGUGACGGUCCCAGUGGGAAGAGAAGCUAUCCUCUCCUGCGUCGUGGCGAACCUUUCUACAUACAAGGCGCUACGAAUUCCCGCCGGUGGAUCACAUAUUUCGCGAUCCAGCGGCGCAGUUUUGGAAAACCUCUGCUUUCAGUGUGGCGAGAGUAUUGCGUUCUGCGAGGUGAUACGAGCAUGA